CGACCUUUCCCCUGUAUUGCCUUCACAGCAGAGCACGGCGCUGGCCGCGUGAUCACUACUCUGCUGCCUGCUGAUUCCAAUGCAACAUGGCUGCCUUCAGCAAAUCUAUUCCGCACAACUGCUACGAAAUAGGGCAUACCUGGACUCCUUCCUGUACCCUUUCAACACUCCAAGUUACCGCCGGAGCCCUCGAGGUGUCCCUUAAAAUCUACGCACCUUUAUAUCUCAUAGCAGCAAUUCUUCGAAGGAGAAAGAAGGAAUAUUACUUGUACAGACUUCUGCCUGAGAUCCUUCAGUCCACCUCAUUCCUUGGUGCUAAUGGAGGUCUUUACAUUGCUUUCUUCUGCAUUCUCAGGAGAAUACUUGGCAGAUUCUACUCAUGGUCUUCUGGGUUUGGAGCGGCUUUGCCUGCAUCCUAUUUGGCCAUUCUUCUUGAGCGUAAAAGCAGGAGAGGACUUCUGACAAUAUAUAUGGCAAACUUGGCUACAGAGACGAUAUUUAGAAUGGCUGUUGCAAGGGGAGACAUUAAACCUAUAAAGCAUGGCGAGGUAAGAUUUUUUUGUACUACCUCAUUCUUUUGUAAUUUUUUUUUUUUUUUUAGGUGCAAAGAUGGGCUCAAGGGAUUUGCAUUCUCAGCUCUUAAGUUCAUAGUUGGUAAAGAAGAAAUCCCAACGCAUUCAUUUCUAGCAGAGGCCACAUAUGUGAAAGCCCCAGAGAGGGCGAGCCUGGAGCAGGAGAGGCCAGGGGCACAACCGAAGAAGAGCAGAGCUUCACUAGCAGUGCUGACCAGAAAACUAUUAGAAUCCGUAUGCAAACAUGGACCAAGGCAUAGGUGUUGCAAACACUAUGAAGACAACUGCAUCUCCUAUUGUGUUAAAGGUUUUGUCCGAAUGUUCAGUGUUGGCUACCUGAUUCAGUGCUGCCUGAGGAUCCCGUCGGCGUUCAGACAUCUCUUCACAAAGCCCUCCCAGCUCCUGUCUCUGCUGUACAAUAAAGAAAACUUCCAGCUUGGUGCAUUCCUGGGCUCCUUUGUUAGUAUAUAUAAGGUAAUUUAUUGAAAUCAUUACAUUAAA